CACCCCCCGCCCCCCCAGCACAGGCUCUGCGCUGGGAAGAGGGGGCGCAGGAAGGUGGCUCCUGGGCCGGCGGCGGGGACCCUGCGCGCACUGUCCGUGUCCCCGCGCGUCCCCCGUGGCAGCCAGGCGUGGGCUGAGCCUGCUCCUCCCCAGAGGAGCCGCAGGACCUACGGGCACUUCAGGGACCUGGGGGUUGAGGACCUGCGCCCCGAUCUCGUGGCUGCAGCCCCCCUUGUGUCCACCCACCUGGCUGCCCGCGACCCUCCCCGUGGUUAGGGAUGAGGCUGCCGGAGGCUGACCCCGAAGGUGGGGCCUCCCGCCUCCCGGGGCCGCCGCUGGCGGAGCGCGCAGCCUGCCCUCCCGUCCGCCGCCCCGUGAGGAACCCCCUCCAUCGCCGGGCAUUGCUCACCAGGUGAAACACAGUGUCUUUGACCCGAGCGCCCGGGGCAGGGCGGGCAGAUCCAGGCGUCACACCUCCAUCUGCCGGGAGAUGGCAGCCCCGGGGGUCAGGCAGGAGCCCCCUCGCAUCCCGCCCCCUGUCACUCUCAGGCCACCAGGGACGCCUGGAACCCACCACCAGGAGGCGCCGCCUCGCUGCCACAGCCACCAGCACGAUCCUGAGGCGCUCUCGCAGCCCCCGUGGGAGAAGGAUCUGGUGGACCUGCAUGCCCAAGACGUGGAGGAGGUCCAGGUGGGCAGGGACGCCUGCUGGCCAGAUUCGGAGUCGGAGCCCGAGCAGGCGCUAAGGUCUCCCCUGCGGACGGGGUCUCCCCUGCCGGACCCUGCAGACGGGGCGGACCAGGGCGGGGCGCUGAGGGCCCUGUUGAGGGGCCUCCCCUGCAGACCCGCGUGUGCGGACAGCUUUGCGCAGGCGCCGGGCCUGGAGCAGCCGGCGGGCCAGCCGCCCGGGCCCAGGUCCUGCUCCCAGAAGAGGGGCGCCGGCCGCAGGACGCUCGUGCCGCCGGGCGCCGUGGGCACCGAGGGCGGCCCGGAGCUGGGGGACUCGGGCCGCGGGGGGCGGCACCGGUGCGAGGCCUGCGGCAAGAGCUUCAGGUACCAGUCGCUGCUGCUGAAGCACCAGCGCAUCCACACGGGCGAGCGGCCCUACGCCUGCCCCGAGUGCGGCAAGCGCUUCCGCGGCUGGUCCGGCUUCAUCCAGCACCGCCGCCUGCACACGGGCGAGCGGCCCUACGAGUGCGGCCAGUGCGGCCGCGCCUUCAGCCACAGCUCGCACUUCACGCAGCACCUGCGCGUGCACAACGGCGAGAAGCCCUACGAGUGCGGCGAGUGCGGCCAGGCCUUCAGCCAGAGCUCCAACCUGGCGCGGCACCGGCGGCUGCACACGGGCGAGCGGCCCUACGCCUGCGGCCAGUGCGGCAAGGCCUUCGUCUGGAGCUCCGUGCUGAUCGAGCACCAGCGCAUCCACACGGGCGAGAAGCCCUACGAGUGCGGCGCCUGCGGCAAGGCCUUCCGCGGCCGCUCGCACUUCUUCCGGCACCUGCGGACGCACACGGGCGAGCGGCCCUUCGCCUGCGGCGCCUGCGGCAAGGCCUUCGGCCAGAGCUCACAGCUCAUCCAGCACCAGCGCGUGCACUCGCGCGAGUAGCGCCCGGCUGGGCCUCGAGCCGGAGGGGGCAGGGGCUGCAGCCUUCGCUCCCUUCCCAGCUGGCACCGCACGGAGCGUCCCGAAUAAAUUCCUUUUCAUUGACGGAAA